AUGGACGUCGCCGACGCUGAGCUGGUAGAUGAAGACUCUGAACUAGUAGACGUCAGUACUGAGCUGGUGGUCGUCGAUGCUAAGCUAGGAGAUGCAGACCCUGAGCUGGUAGACGUCAGUACUGAGCUGGUCGUCGACGCUGAGUUGGUGGAUGCAGACUCUGAGCUGGUAGACGUCAGUGCUGAGCUGGUCCUCGUCGAUUCUGAGCUGGGAGAUGCAGAACCUGAGCUGGAAGACGUCAGUACUACGCUGGUAGACGUCAGAUUUGAGCUGAACGUCGCCGAUGACGAGCUGGAAGGUGUCGAUGUUGAGCUGGGAGAUGCAGAACCUGAGUUGGUAGACGUCAGUACUGAGCUGGUGGACGUUAGAGUUGAGCCGGGCGCAGUUGAUGUUGAGCUGGGAGAUGCAGAACCUGAGCUGACCGUCGUCAAUGCUGAGCUGGAGGAUGCAGACUCUGAGUUGUUAGACGUCAGUGCUGAGCUGGGGGAUGCGGACUCUGAUCUGGUAGACGUCAGUGCUGAGCUGACCGUCGUCAAUGCUGAGCUGGAGGAUGCAGACUCUGAGUUGUUAGACGUCAGUGCUGAGCUGGGGGAUGCAGACUCUGAUCUGGUAGACGUCAGUGCUGAGCUGACCGUCGUCAAUGCUGAGCUGGAGGAUGCAGACUCUGAGUUGUUAGACGUCAGUAUUGAGCUGGUCGUCGUCGAUGCUGAGCUGGGAGAUGCAGAACCUGAGCUGGAAGACGUCAUUACUGAGCUGGUGGACGUUAGAGUUGAGCCGGACGUCGUCGAUGCCGAGCUGGGAGAUGCAGAAUGUGCGCUGGUGGUCGUCGAUGCUGAGCUGGGAGAUGUAGAGCCUGAGCUGACCGCCGUCAAUACUGAGCUGGAGGAUGCAGACUCUGAUCUGGUAGACGUCAGUGCUGAGCUGGUCGUCGUCGAUGCUGAGCUGGGAGAUGCAGAACCUGAGCUGAAAGGCGUUGAUGUUAAGCUGGUUGACGUCAGAUUUGAGCUGGGCGCCAUCAGUGCCGAGCUGCGGGACGCAGACGCUGAGCUAGAAGACGUCUGUGCUGAGCUGGGAGAUAUCGGUGCUAAAGGACGAGAUGUUGGUGCUGUACUGGAGAACGUCAGAUUUGAGCUGAAUGUCGUUGGUUCUGAACUGGAGGACGUCGCUGCUGAGAUAGGGGACGCCGGCCCUGAACUGGCAAUCUUCUGUGCUGAGCUGGGCGACGCAGACACUGAGAUGAGAGACGUCGCAGCUGGGGUGGGGGACGCCGGCUGUAAGCUGGGAGACGUUGGUGUGGAGCUGGGGAACGUCUGUACCGAAGGACGGGAUGUCGGUGCUGAGCUUAAGAACGUCAGAUUUGAGCUGGGUGUUGUUGGUACUAAGCUAGGGGACGGCGAUGCUGUAUUGGAGAACGUCGGUGCCGAGCUGGGAGAAGUCGUUGCGGAAGGGCGGGAUGCCGGCGAUGGGCUGCCGAACGUCGGAGCUGAAGAAUGA